AUUGGAUGGCUUUAUUUCAUAGAAUAUCAGUCAUAUUCCACAUGUAUUACAUAUCAUGCACUACAUGUAUUAGUAAUAACUCUUGUAAUAUCUCUUGAUACAUGUACGUACGACAAUACUCUACAAGAGGGAUGUACUUUUAAUGGAAGAAUAGUAUUUGCUUUAGGAACACAAAAUUUGUGAGCCUCGAAAAGGGGCUCUAAUUUUAAGACGUCUUCUUAUGUGGAUGGAGAUGUGAUUACAUGGAAAGUUAAUUUACAUUGUUUUCCUGUUUUCCAGAUUACAAAUUUGGAUAUUUGAAAUAGUUUGCAUAGAAAAAUAUCAUUGGCAAUGUUUAGUGCUUAAAUGGUCGGAAACCUACUGCUCUAGACCAUAUUUUGUGUGAUUUGUAUAGUCAGCCUCUUAUUUGGAUAUGGUUACUUUGCAUGGCAAAACAUAUUACAUACUUCUUCAUGCAAAUAAGACUUACAUUGUGAUAAGCUGCGCCAAAUAAAGUGGCUAAUUAAUGAAAAUUAGUCCAAAAUGUGUAAUAGAGUCCUGUUUCAAUUUGAACAGGAAAUACACUCAGUGUAAUUAUUGGUCCAAAUUUUUCUCGAGUUUGUAAUUGUAAAAAAAUGAGAACUUACAGCUUUGAAAUACGAUGAUGCCAUGGGAUUCGAGUCAGUGAUGAACGCAGCGUAACCCAUAUUUUAGGCUUACAAGUGUUUUUAAACAGAAUACUACUACCAGCGCUGGUAUGUGGUGAAAAUGCAAGUAACUUGGAGUGUUGUAUUCUACUGUCAUGUCUUUUGAAUUAUAAUAAUUGCUGUUAAAAAUCUGAAAUGAAAUGUUACCAAAAUGACACUGAAAUUUUGGAUUCUGACUCGACUAGAUCUAGAAUAUGAAUCAUGAUGCUUUAUUCACAUAUGAUGACAAAGUAUAUAUUAGAUUGCCUUCAAGUAUUUCGUCUUUCCUGUGAUGUAGAAUUUCAUUCCACAUCAGAUGAGAAAUUAAAAAACUGUGAACUUAUUUUCUUCUACAGAUUUUGUACGAGGCUUGAACCAUGAAAGCAAAGAGGAAGCCUUGGCUCAGGUUCUUUCACACCUACCACUCCUCCAGCCAAGCAGUACAGAGGCCAAAACAGAGUAUCUCAAACUCAUCCCAGAGAUCCUGAGCUACAUGCAGGACAAUGGUAUCCUCUUAAACGAAGCACAUCAGCUCUUCACAUACCUCGUCAUUCACCCGGCUCUCAGCUGUGAAGAACAAAUCCCGAGAAGUAAAUGGAUCAACCAGUUUGAUGAUCAACAGUCCUUCCCCCCAUCAUCAUGCUACCCAAGUCAGCUUGGUUCAGACCAGCUUGUUUCACCAUUCCUGAAACCAUCCCCUUAUGCUCCCCAGGUGUCAGAGGGGUCCUCCACAGGGCUCCUGAGAACAGGGAUGUGUGGUGAUUGGUAUCAAGGGAGUGGGAUUAGUGAUGGAGGUGGUGGUGGCAGUGGUGGUGGAGGAGGAGGUGGUGGACUGUUGGUAGGGUCAAACUCUUUUCAUCAGCCUCUUACAACAACCAUGUCUGCACCACCAGCUGUCAAUGUAACAGGACCUUCAUCAGAAGAUAGCCAUCCGAAAGGAAAGAGGAAUAGCUUUUUAGAAGAAAAGAGUGGAAUGAAAGAUGUACCAACAUGGCUAAAGAGCUUGAGAUUACACAAGUAUACAUAUCUUUUUGAAAGUCUAGACUAUGAUGAAAUGAUGGCACUUACUGAAAAGCAACUGGAAGACAUGGAUGUGACAAAAGGAGCGAGGAAUAAGAUCAUGCUCAGUAUACAGAAGUUGAAAGAGAGGCAACCCAUUCUCAGAAAUCUAGAAAAGGAUAUCAUGUCAACAGGUAGCUCUAAGAACCUGAGAAAUGCCCUCAAUGAUAUCAAGAAUAUCAUUAAUACACCCAUCCAUGCCUUCAAACCCAAAGAACAUUGUAGCAGUAGCAACAGGCCUGAGGAUAUCAGUACAAACCCUGCAGGAGUGGUGGGUGACAUGAGACCCGAGAGUGGUUCAGAUCCUGAACAAGGUUCUAUGCCAGUACAGGAGGGAGACUUACCAGGACAGAUUACAAGGUUCAUGGGAAAAAUGUGUACUCAACUACUGAUGUCCCCUAGACCUCAUGAGGAAACGAUAACACAGUACUUGCAGCUUCUGGACAAGUGCUAUAACCAUGAGGCUUUCACAUCAGCUCAGAAGAGCAAGCUUUUAUCAUGGAGAAAGAAUUGCCAAAAAUUCAGUCCCAACCCAUACGCCAGAAAGUCAUCCAUUGAUAGCAAGCAGACAAGAGGGUGGAGUCAUUAUUCAGGAGCAUUCAAUGAGCAUGGUGUUGGUAAUACAGGUGUAUCAGUAGGGGGUAGAAGACCAGUGAGUAGGCAACCAUUUGGGGGUAUGUCACAGCCCCAUCUCAACCCUCUAUUAUCUAUGAGUAGCUUGGGUAGCCCUAGUCAGGCAUACAGGCAAUCACCUGGUAGUAACAUGUACCUUCACAGACAGUCUCUUGGAGGAAACCCUCAUUCCAUGGUACAGAGGACAAAAUCAGCCCCUAACCACCGACGUUCAUCGCAACCAGCCCCGCCCACCUACUCACCACAACAUCCACCCUUAACCAGGGUAGAAACACCUCUUCACUCCCUGGGGGAACCAGACAUCACAGAUAGAUUAGAGAUGCUGUGUAGGAGUGUGACGGAGCAUGCAUUAGAUGAAGCAGAUCACAAUGGAGAAAUAUCAAGACAUUGACAUCACUACCCUCCCAUGAAGAAACAGACAAAAUGAUGGGAUGUUAUGGGCAUACUAAUGAUAAAAUAAAGACUGAUUCAUCCCAGUGGCUACCAGAACUCAAAGUAACCACCUAUUUGGUCUGGACAACUGUGAUUCUCUAUGAUGACACCAAGUAGCAGCUUCAUCUCUGCACCAUGAAGACAAUUAGCUAAACUAGAUCACACUCUAGUUUGAACAGAAGAGUAGUUUCUAAGGAAGAAAAAGACAUGUUUUUGGUUGCAGUAUUACUUUGUUUAGCAACAUGCAGCUGUGUGGGUUAGGUGCAUGGAUGAUGACGAUGAUGAUGUAUAUUGUAGGGUUAUUAUUUCAUGCUGUCUUUGUUCACUUCUUGAUAAUAAGUGAUGUGUCAGAGAAACUAAGAGGAUAGUCUCUUAUGAAGAAUCCUAUCAGGCAUCUGUAGUAUUUUGUGUUUACUACGCUAUAAAAUCAACUCCUGUAGUUAGAAUGAGGUGAAUAACUACCAGUUGUCCAUGAUAUUGUGCCAUGCCAAAGUAUAAGACUCUGCAGAGGAUAUGCACAAGAUGUAAGUGAUGUCAUGCAAAAUAUGCUGAAAUCAGUUUGUAGGAAGUGACAUGGCUUAGUAUGUUCAAUUUUUUUUCAGAGCUAUUCAUAGUUUAGAAAGUAGUAAAGUUGAUACACUUAUUGGUCACUCUUUGCCAACACAGCCAGUAAUGAUUUGUGGACCAAACAAGAUUGCAUUAUUUCUUGUGUUACACUGCAAUCAUAGGCAACAGGAUUUUGACAAAGUCAAGCACCCAGCACAAGACAAUACACAUGAAUAAAUGUGCAGUAUACCACAAUCAAAUAUCUUGGCUUUGAGAUAUUUUCACUAAUUUGGGCCUAUUAUUCACAGUUUGUUAUAUUUUCCACAUCCAACAAUGGUAAUAUGCAUAAGAGGAAAACUUAGCAAGGUUGGAUUCACAAAAUCAGCGAAAAUAAAACCAGCAUGACAUUUUGGUUUUUACAUUGGUUGAGUAUUGACUCAUUAGAUGUGUUCUGUAUUGGCAAAUGUUCUUAUCAUUCAUAAGUCACUUUUUACUCUGCACAGUGACUGAAGAAAGAGGACUGUUGAUAUUGAACUGAACACUACACUAAAAAUCAAACUAUCAAUCACAUCACCAUGUCAAUUGUUGAUUAUAUUCAUUCAGCACAUUUCUACCCUAUUGGAAUUAGAGUAUGUGGUGCUAUGUAAAGAUCAGGGUAGUCUAAAACUCUUCAAGCAAAUAAUGAUCAUGACAAUAUAGCAAAUUUAGUGUGCUUACAUUACACUUAAGAGUGACACCUUAUAAUGACUGCAUUCAGGAAUCCAUGUAGAUGAAAUCCAAAAUUCAGUAUUACUUUGCUAGUGACUUUCAAUAUAUACUUUGGGGUAAGGUAGGCCUCUCAUAGUGUAACAACCACAAUCUCAAGCCCCAACUUGAGACAACUAGACCUUUGAUGCCCUCAUUUGCGACGAAUGGGUCAUUUAUAGGGGAAGGCGGGGUAAGUUGAGCAUAGGGGCAAGUUGAGCCACCACCCCCAGGCUAAUAAUGAAUGAGUCAGACAUUGUGGUGGUGUCAUGUAUUGAUGACCCAUUGCAUAACCCUUAACCCCACCACAUUGUUUUCAACUUUGAAACAAAAAGUACUUUUUUAGAGGGAAAAAUAAAAAUUUCAGCCAAAAAAGUAAAAAAUGGGGUGAAAUAGAUAAGUGCUUUUUAAAGUAAAAGUAAAAAAGGGUG